AUGACCUCGUUCCUCAUCAAGGCGCACGAAGGCCGCUCCGUGCCGGCAGCCUGGAGGGACCCACCUGACUGUGCCUUCUGCCGCAUCAUCCGAGGAGAGUCACCGGCCGCGCUUGUCUUCGAGAACGACAAGGUUAUCGCAAUCUUAGAUAUCCUUCCCCUACGUCCUGGGCAUGUUCUGGUUAUCCCGAAGGCCCACUAUUCCCGCGUGUCCGAGCUACCAGCAGAGUUCGCGGCAGCCACAGGAGAGGCUAUCUCGAAGGUCUCCAAUGCUUUGACGCAUGCUAUGCGGAAUACUGCAUUAAAUGUGGUAUGCAACCAAGAGUACGCUCAGGCAGUUCCGCAUGUCCACUAUCAUGUCAUCCCCGCCCCAGUACUAGUAGCUUCUUCCGUAUCACCACCAGCCACGACUGGCGAUGCAAUCAAGGUAGAUCGUAUCGCGAAGCCACUGACCGAGAAGGAGAUGCAUAAGGAGGAGUUCCGUUCGAGAGAGGAACUGGAUUACGAGGAUGGACAGAGAUUGGCCCAGCUGAUUCAUCAAGUCCGACGGAAAAUACGUGAGAUUAGUUCGAGUAUGGAUCAUGGCAGUGAUCAUAGUUUGUUUGUCAUCUUGCAAACCAGGAUGAGAGUCCAACAUCUCACUCGAAAGCUCUUGCCAACGUUCACACUACGCCCCGUCUACCAAGAAGUGCGACUUUUGAACAACGACAUGCCGGAAAGCAAUAGCGCACAAAGGUUUCCAGUAUCCGAUGAGGAGCCUACUCCAGUCGAUGACUCUCAGUUGUCGGAUGUUGAAGACGUGUCUCAGGUUCACGCCGUUGAUGAUGCACAAAAGAACUCAACGGAAGGAGACAGUCAGGAUAAGACCAGACCAAGGCCAGCUCUGGUACGGGAACCUGGGAAAUCGCUUUUACCAUUCUCGAGAGUGCAGAAGAUAUUGAAGGCGGAUAGAGAGCUACCGAUGGUACAGAGGGAAGCAGCAUUUUUAAUCUCUGUGGCAGCGGAAGAGUUCGUCAAACGGAUAACUGAGGCCACUUAUCGGGCGGCAGAGAGAGAAGGACGGACUACAAUGCAGCAGAAAGACAUUGCCGCUCUCGUACGACGAGUUAACGAAUUCACCUUUCUCGACGAUAUCAUUCCUUGGCCAGACCCUAAUGCACGAGCUGCUCGCAAGCCCAAGGCAGCGCUAGAGGGUCAGGAGGACAUAGCCAGAGAACUGACAUUGCUGGAUCGUUUCGUGAAUGCUGAGAAAAAGUCAAAGCCAGGAGAUGUAGAACCAGCAGAAGAGUCCACGUCAAAUGGCAUCAUCACCAUGAACGAGGAUGGCACCAUGUCGGUUGAUCCUUAG